CUUUACAAACAAAAUGUAGAUAAUAAACAACCAUCUAAUCCUUUAGUUGAAAUUCAUGAACUUAGUAAUAUUUUAUCACAAGAAUUUGAUAUUGUUGAAAAUUUCAUUAAUAAUAAAAAUCAAUCUAAAAAUAAAGAGAAUCAAAAUGAUACAAAGUUUACUUUUUCUUGCAGCAUCAAAAUUAAUAAAUUAGAAGGUAGUUCGAAGGAACAAUCUAAUCAAAUUGUAAAAAUUAUAUCUGAUGUAGAUGAAUAUAG